UUAUCACGUGACACUACAGCAUGGUUGUCAUGGAAACGAGCAUCCUCAUCCGAACAACAUCCGGGCUCUCAACUGCGAACAGGCAAAAGCGACACGGUGAAAGAAAUCGAGCAGAUAUCAACCUUAACUUCAUCUGUGCUGGUUGUCAUGCAGGGAAACAGGAAUGGGAUGAUCCCGUUCCCACCACCCAUCAGCAGAGACAGGGUCAUCAGGGAAUUCCCAAAGUGGUACUCGCCUAAUGCCGCUCUGCAGCUGAAGAACGACUGGGACGUUCAGGCUAAAGCAGCCUGUAAGGACGGAGCCGCCAGGCACCAGCCGUGGGACCGCCAGAAAAUGUCAAAAGUGGUGGUUGUUGGAGACCUUAAUGUGGGGAAGACCUGCCUCAUUAACAGGUUUUGUAAAGACGUAUUUGAAAGAGACUACAAGGCCACCAUUGGUGUGGACUUUGAGAUUGAGAGGUUUGAGGUAUCUGGAGUACCUUUCUCUCUCCAGAUCUGGGAUACUGCUGGGCAGGAAAAAUUCAAGUGCAUCUCUUCUGCGUACUACAGAGGUGCUCAGGUCAUUAUCACAGUCUUUGACAUGGCAGACAUUAAGUCCCUAGAUCAUACACGCCAAUGGUUGGACGAGGCCAUGAGAGAAAAUGAGCCCGACUCCUGUUACAUCUUCUUGGUUGGCACUAAGAGUGACCUGCUGCCCUCAGAGGAAAGACAGAGGACAGAAAAGGAUGCCAUCAGGAUAGCAACAGAAAUGCGUGCAGAGUUAUGGGCUGUUUCUGCUAAAACGGGGGAGAACGUGCAGGGGUUUUUCUUCAGGGUGGCGGCUUUGGCCUUUGAGAAAUGCGUACUGAAGGAGACGGAGAAUGGGCUCCCUGCUACCAUCGGACGUGGAGAUACUAUCAAAUCAGAUCGCGCCAACCUGGAGGAGGCCGCGCCCCAAGACACGAGGAGAAGCUGCUGCUGAUGAAAAAGAGGAGCUCUCAAAGUGAGCAGAGCCAGACGGAGGCUCUACUCUGAGCUUCAGCUGCAGAAAUAAAAGAGACUGAAAUGUGCCUUAGGAAAUAUUCCAUUAGGUUCCUGAGGUCAUCAAAACUGCCAUGUAUUCUGACAAAAGGUUCCACCAGUAUGCGCUCCUGAAAGCCAGUUAUUAUUAUUAGAUUGAAGCUGACACUGAUGGACUUUUUGCUGAUACCAAAUCUUAUGAAUUUUACCAUUUUUAUGGGAUAGUUGUCAGUACACUGUAAAUUACUACCAGGAUUUCACAAGAUGCAACUGUAAUAAUUAACAAUAAAUUACAUUAUAGUUACAUCACAGGCCUUAACUGUGAUAUUCACAAUAUAAUACAGUAUUCUUAAUGUUAUUGUGAAAUGAAUGGCUAUUACAGCCGUGAUUACUGCAAGCUAUACUGUGACUUCAUCAGGAGAGGUUUCUCUACCUGCUAAAUAAAUGUGUAAAAUGUA